GGGGAUCUCCCAAUCGACUCGUGUACGAUUCUCACCAUCUCUAGCAUCGCUUCGGCUACCUCCGAAAAUGUCCAGGUUUCACCUCCGUCCUUCCUCGGUUGCUCUGAGCCUUCUUCGCGUGCGAGGUUGGCGAGAGGGCCGGUACUUGCACCGACACUUCGCUACGCAAGCAGAAUUGAUUUCGCCUAACGAUCAUGCAGUCCUUAGUGUCUUUGAUCUAUUUUCUGUCGGCGUGGGACCCAGCUCUUCUCACACGGUUGGGCCGAUGAGAGCAGCCCGAUCCUUCGUCAAGGAUCUAACGAGAGCUUCGAUUACGCGCAAGGUACACAAGAUCAAGGUCAACUUAUAUGGUAGUCUAGCUGCCACAGGAAAAGGACACAUGACUCCUGAGGCCAUCUUGAUGGGUCUAGAAGGCGAGGCGCCCGAGAGUAUCGUCGCGAAGAGUAUCCCUAGUCGAUGUCUGUCGAUCCAGAGCGGUGCUCAACUCUAUGUCGAUGGGCUCCAACCUAUCUCGUUCGUGUAUAAUCAAGAUCUGAACAUGUCUCUGUCACCAUUACCUCGGCAUCCAAACGCCAUGACGAUCUCGGCCUUUUCAGAGACGGGAGACAUGCUAGCUACCAAUUCUUACUAUAGCGUGGGUGGCGGUUUCGUAGAGAGCGAAGCGACGGAAUAUGCGGACUCUGUAGCUAUAGCGCCCCUUCGUAGCGACGACCUGAAAACGAUAAUAGCACAUCCACGAUUAGCCUUUACUACCGCAUCGGACUUGCUGGCGAUCGCUGUUCGAGAGGAUCUCACCAUUCAUGAGGUUAUGAUGGCAAACGAAAGGAUGUGGCGAAACGAGAAACAGAUCGAGGACGGCCUCGUUUUGUUAUGGGAAGUCAUGAAGGACAGCAUAGCUGCGGGUCUUUCGACCGACGAGACCAUCCUUCCGGGUGGACUAAAUCUUCGAAGGCGCGCGCCUUCUCUAUAUAAAGGCUGGAGCCGUAUGCAAGCAUUGAAUGCCGUCCCCCCAACAACCGAGAGACGACUACUUCCGGAUAUCAAUCUGCUGAGCUGCUUUGCUAUAGCCGUGAAUGAAACGAACGCUUCUGGUGGCAGAGUGGUGACGGCACCGACCAACGGCGCAGCCGGCGUCAUUCCUGCCGUUCUGAAUUAUCUGCUGGAAACGACGGAGAAUAGAACCGAUCACCGUGCCCUCGUAGAGCAGUUCCUCUUGACUUCAGCGGCGAUUGGAAUGCUUUGCAAGAAGCGCGCAACUAUAUCGGCAGCCGAAGGGGGAUGCAUGGCGGAGAUCGGGGUUGCAACGUCAAUGGCGGCGGCAGGGCUAACCUCAUGCCUAGGAGGCACCGUCAAGCAGGUGCUUAUGGCUGCGGAAAUCGGUUUGGAGCACAAUCUCGGCCUUACAUGUGAUCCUAUCGCCGGACUGGUACAGGUGCCUUGCAUCGAACGCAACAGCUUGGGCGCGAUCAAGGCGGUCACAGCGGCCCAACUGGCGCUGGCGGGCCAUGACGAGCCCAAGGUCUGCCUGGACACUAUCAUCUCUGCCAUGAAAGAUACGGCGAAGAAUAUGCAUGAGAACUACAAGGAGACCUCGAUGGGAGGCAUAGCCACCGCCUAUCGACCGACGCCCGUACCGCCGCCAUGUUGAGUGCCAUGAAUCGAGGUGGCCUUGAAACCGCAGGCGACUUCAGAUCAGGGUUGUCGAAUUAUAAUGUGUGACCAGUAUGAAUCGUUCACCAUUAUCACGAUCGCGUCAGAUGAGCUGCUGUACAUCCAAGCGCCUUUCGUCCACUUGUUCGUACGUUUGAAAAGGGG